AUGGAUCUGCCACCUGCCAAGCUAAACGGACUACUAAAGAUGCAACUGUUGCUCCUGAUCUUGGCAUUGUUCGUUUCGCCGGCGUUGUUGCAGCAGCCACAUGUCUUCUAUCACCCAAGACAAUUGUACUACGAUGCACCGCGUCUUCGGCGAUUUGAGUAUGCUGCAGCUGCCACGCCCAUUGUGGGCGGCUACAGUGCGGCGCCUCCGCCGACUAUUAACUUCCAGCAGCAGACGCCGCACUUCCAGCUGCUCAACUAUCGACCCAGUUACCAGCCCUUGGGCUUGGAUUACCAGCAGCAGCAGUUGCCCGCUCCUGCCCCGCCCCUGCCGCCCCUCUAUCCGCAGCAGAGUGUCCAGUAUCAGCAGCGGACCAUCGCUCCACAUGCCGAGUUGGCCAAGUACCGAUAUGAAGGGAACUAUCUCCCGGUGCAACGGGUUUCGCUGCAGCAGCCUCAACGUCGCGUCGAGGAGCAGCAGCAGUUGCAGCAGCAGCACUUGCAGCAGCAACACUUGCAGCAGCAGCACUUGCAACAGCAGCAGCAACAGCAGCCGCAGCAACUCUUCAAUGUGCCACCGGCGCUCUUUACCAGCGAUGUGUUGCAUGUGAUUCCGCCUCGCAUUGCCAGGUUGCAGGAGCAGCAGCAGCAACCCUCACAGAAUGUCCAAACCGAACGACCCAGGAGGUUCGCCAAGGAUCUGGACACGGAUGUGGCCGAAACCAGAAGUCACAGUGACCGAGUGCCAAGUGCCAAGGAAACCAAGUACUUUCAUGAUAUUUUCAUGCGCUUCGAUGCUCCCGAUUCGCGGAGUCAUGGUCACGUCCUGAAGCAUCCGCAGGCCCAGGAAAAGCGAUUGGAGUCGCAGCGAGGCACGAAUCGUUACAAGGGCGAGGUGAUUUGGACAGAUCGUCAAGGAGGCCACGGCGAACACCGAUGGGACAUGGCGCAGGGAAAACUCUGA